UACGACCGUCUAUAAAAUUCAGAAACUGUUUUUGUUGUUUGUUUUUUGUUUAUACUUUUGAAUUAAAAAGGAAAAACCCUGUUUAAAUCUUUUUCCCACGAUAGUGCACAAUGAAUUAACAUGUUUGAUAAUCAGGAAACUUGUUGUAUUUGUCUUGAGAAGAGUCUAUUUGUCCAGUCUAUUAAAGAAAGCAGUUUUGGUUUGCUUAGAAAUGUAAAAUGUCUUGAAAAGUUGAAAAUCUGUGUUCCUGAACAGGUAUGGGAAGACUGGUUUAAUUUGUGUAAUGAUUGUGAAGAGAAAUUGGAUGUCACAUACAAUUUUGUGCAAGUUUGUUUAAAAAGUGAAGAGUAUAGAAAACAGCUCUUAGAGAAUAAAUCUAAUGAAGAAAAAGAGGAAACCAAACAGAGUUAUACAUGCUAUUUGUGUAACAAAACAUUCAGCUUAAAGCGAACGUUAGGUUUGCAUAUAACUCGAAUACAUACAAAACCAAAGAAAAAUAGGAAAAGAGUGCUAAUUACAAAAUCUGACCAUAAACAAAAUGAAGUGACAGACACUACCAAGAAUCUAAAAGUAGAAUUAUUGAAACAGGAAAAUGAUGAUUAUUCUCAAUUUCAACCGUUGCCUGAAGAAUUAAUAAAAGAAGACAUUGAAAAAGAGGAACAUGAUUUUGGUAAUAAUCUGAGUGAAUAUGAAGAAGAAAAUAAUUUAGGUGAAAAUUUUAUCAAUAAUGAUUCAUCCAGUGAAGAUGACCUUCCACUAAUAAGAAAAAAGACAAUCAAGAAACGUCGGCCCAAAUUAGGACCACAUCGAUGUGAAUUUUGCGAAUUAUCAUUUGAGAGAUCUGAUAAGUUAGAUUAUCAUAUUAGAACAAAACAUACAUUUGAAAAGCCUUUUAAAUGUGGAGAAUGUGAUGCCAAAUAUUAUACGCAAAGUAAUUUGAACAUACAUAUACGGAAACACACUAACGAAAAGCCCUACGUUUGCUCAACCUGUGGAAAAUGUUUUACCUCUUCAAACGAAAUAUGGCAACACAACAAAGUUCAUAACCCCAUUAGAAAUUAUAUUUGCGAUGAGUGCCAGAAGAGUUUUAAAACUCAUAGCAAUUUGAGGACUCAUAAAUUGCAAAUGCAUCAGGAUCCUAGUUCAUGGAAAUACAUUUGUACAAUAUGCGGCAAAAGAUUUCCACUGAAUACUAAUCUUGUUAAACACAUGCGACGGCACGAAGGAAUUAAGCCAUUUAACUGUCACCUUUGCCCAAAAAGCUUUGUGGAAAAAAUAGACCUCUCAGCUCACCUAAUAAGCCACUCAAAUGAGCGUCACUACAAGUGCGACCUUUGUUUGAAGGAAUACAAAAAGAACGAUAGCUUAAAAAGACAUAUGAAGAUGGCCCAUGAUAUCGGUACGGUGGUAAUCAAAAAACCAAUUAAAAAACUGAACUGUCCUAUGUGUCCUAAGAUAUUUGCUUUUAAUAACAAAUUGCAGAGACACAUCUUAACUCACACUGGUGAAAAACCAAUUAAAUGUUAAACGCGCCCAUUCUCUGCAAGUUCUACAUUGUAUCCAUUCUUCUGAGCUUGAGGAAUAUGAUCCAGAACACACUAAACAGAAAGUGUCAUCAUUAGAAGAAUCUGAAGAGUAAUUUUCCACCGGUUUUUUCUUAACCCUUUUAUUCACUUUCUUGCUCUUAUUUUUAUUUGUUUUAGUGGUGUUAUCUUUGCCAAUUUGCCGUUUUACUGAAACUUUCUUCUUUAAAGUUUGUUCUUCAAUAGAGUUUUUUUCUGGUGUCAGUCAGUAUAGCAGUUUUUCUUUUCAUUCGACCCCCUUUUUUCGCUUUAGAAAGAUCGGCUUUGGACAAAGGUUUUACAACAUCAGGUGUAAAAAAAUGCUACCGGUUGUAGUUGAGGCGAAGGAGUGGUGUCCUUGACAGUUGAUGGUCCUGGCUGAGGUAAAGAAUUAGUGUUUCUUGUCGUUGAUUGUUCCAAUUGAUCUUCAGCUAUUUCAGCAGGUUUAGCUGUAGGUGAUUUUGUUGUAGAUUGAGUUUGCUGUAGGGUUUCAUCUAGUGGUCUAUCAGUUACCGUUGAUGGUAAGAAAAAUCUGAAUCUUGAAAAAUUCCACGGUUAAAAGGGAUAAAUGCCGGUGUAAGAAAAUCCUGAUAAAAUAUUUGUUGGUGUAGUAGCUAAAGGUAAAGAUGAUUUAACAAUUGAUGGUAAAUUAUAUAUUGUCAUACGCUUUCCUGGAUUGUUCUUCAUCCAUUGAUCGGCGUAGUUGUGGAAAUCCUUUUUAAAAGGACCACUUACACCACGAUUCAGUUGGAGACGGUGGGAAGUGUGUGGUGGAAAAGACAACAAUGUUAUGAAAUUUGCUCUGCAAUAAUCUAUUAAUGAAAUGGAUACAUGUGAAGAGUGAUUGUCUAAUAAAACCAAAACUUUAUAAGUCUCGCUGGGUUUAGUGUGUUUCACAAAGUGUUUUAUAAAGUCAAGAAACUCAUUUUCUUGCAUCCACCCGGACUUAUUUCCUUUUCCUACGCAUCCAACGGGUCCAUCUCUAAUAAAAUGAUCCUUGAAAUGCAACCGGGGAAAUACAAACAUUGGCGGAAUUGCGUUAUCAACAGCGUUGACAGCCACACACAGCGUAACAAGUGUUCCACGCUCCUGACUUGCCACUGAUCCUACUUGUUUGGUUUCUUUUUUUGCAAUGACCUUGGUUGGCUUUUGCACCGUGGACACACCAGUCCCGUCAAUAUUAUAAAUAUUUUGUGGCUCAAAAUUGUGUCUUUCCAAGACAGUUGCCAGUUUAUCAAAAAAGUUGGAGACAUUUUCUUUGUUGAAAUUCAUGGCUCGCGCAAGACUUGUUGCUUGGGGUGUGCGAAGUGUUAAAUGAGGAUUUCUUCUCAGGAAAGCUACAAGCCAAUCUUCACUAGCCUGUUCUACUUUAUUCCAUUUUUGAGGAUAGUUAAGCCGAUUGGCAGAUGCACACUGAAAGGCUAGUUUACGAAGAUCCCGUGUAGUGAGGCCAAAGUACAAAUCGACAGUUUUUUCACAGUAUUUGACUAGCUGUGACUCUUUCUCAACAGUAAAUACCCUGUUGUAAGGAUUGUACCCCACAUUAGGCUGUAAAUUAUUACGUAGAGCAUUUAUAAAGCGAUUUAAUGAAACAUGGCACAUUCCAUAACUUUUAGCCACUUUUCUAACAGACUGCUCAUUAUCAAUAACCUUUCUUCAAAUAACUUUAGGUAUCAGUCCCCCGUCGGUCUUUUUUGGUCUUGGUUUCACCAUUUUUUAUGACUAUAAAGAAGAAAAUAUUUUUUUAAGAAAUCGUUAAAUAUUCUAAAAGAGACUUGAUAAUUAUUUGUUGUCGUAUUGGCUUAUAACAAUAAGACAACAAAUAAUUUUGCCAUAUAAGGAGUCAACAGAUAAAUAAAUAAAAUCGGCAUAAAGUUAAAAAACAACUUUGAUUUUAACACGUACUAUGGUGUCAAUUGUAGUACGUGUUACAAUCGACACCUGAUACCUUUCAAAAGUAAAGUGUACAUUUCUGUUUACUUAAGAAAAAACAGCCAACCGCUAUCCACUAAAAAAUAAAGCAAAAGCUUUAUCAAAGCCUACAUUUACCUUAAAAAAUUGUCAAUCUUAAAACUUUGGGGUUCACAAACAAAAAUGUGACGCCACGUUUAUUUACUUUUCGGCAGUUUAUUAAAAUUUUCCUACAGAACGAACGGCACGCACGAAAGAUAUAUUCAAACUAAUUACGGAUCAGUAGAGAUGUUGAAAAAGUAACUAUUCGUUACAGGAGUACUCGUUACUCAUUGAUACCCGAAGUAACGAAUACCGAAUUCAAAAACAUAUGAUUACUUUGAUUACUACCUAAUACCUAUACUCUAUACUAUUUAUACAGCAUCAAGCGCAGACCACCGUACGUAUGUAUGGUGUAUGUAAUCAAAUGCGAGUUAUACGAAAACAUAGUAUAGAUACGAAACGACUAACAAAUGAUAACGCUGGAAUUAAUAGGUAAAUACCAAAUCAGCAUUUUUAUUUUUAAUUCAAUUUUUAUUUUUUUUUUAUAUUUAUUAUUAAUUUUUGUGCAUGAUUAUUGUCAAUCGGUAUCGAUAGCGGUAUUUUACAUGCAAAUACCAAUAAAAGUAACACAAUCGGUACAGUAAUUAUAGUAAUCAAAGUAACGAAUACUUUAAAUGAUUACUUAAUAGUCGAGUAACGAUUAGUAACGAGUAAUCAAAAGUAACGAAAAUCAACAUCUCUAUGGGUCAGUAGAACCGCAUUUUGCUUUGGGCCAUACGCGUGUUUCCAUAAAAUUGAAAAAGAUGGUGCUGUUGUCGGUCGUGUUACUUUCGACACCUGUUACAAUCGACACCGGUCUCCCCUAGUGCAAGUGCUAAAAAGGUGUCUGAAUAUUUUUCUUAAGUUCUGGAAUUUUAAGAAAAGUAUAUUUUGUGAUUUGAUAUUAUAGUUGGAGUUAGGGUAAUUUGGUCUUAAAAAACUCUAUUGACAUUCUACAAAUAAAACUAAUAAUGUAGGUUUUAAUUUUAUAUAUUUAUUUUUUAUAUUCACAAUAUUUUUAAUUACAAGUUUUACUUGUAUGAUUAUUAUAUACAAAAUAAAUGUAAUAUACUGGAAAUAUUUACAUUGUAUGAUUGUGCAUUGAUUUAUGGUUUUUUUUAAACAGUAUUGUGUAUUUUAAAUAAAUAUUAGAAGAAUAUAAUUAGACUUUGUUGUUUAAAAGCGAACUUACAACCAUCAAUAGGUAUAUCCUUUUAUAACAAAUUAAUUUAUGCUGAUUAAAAUUACUUCAUGUGGAAUAUACGAAUGGAGUUAUCAAAGGCUUUACAGUAAAAGUGGCAAUGCCCGGUUUUUUUGCGUUUGAAGUUUUUGAGAGAAGAAUGUAUAAGAGCGUAUUUUUAUUCUUAUCCGCCUCUAUCAUUGGAAAGUGUAUUUAGCAAUUUUUCUUUCUAUUGUUUUAUUUCACCGCAAUAACGGUAACAGCAAACUAACAAUAAUAGCUAUAAUGUAAUAAAUAAAAAAUAUUACUAUUAAAAAAUAGUAAUAAAUUUUGUUAUUAUUUUUAUUAGUUAUUAGAUGUGUGGAUUUAUUGGUUUUACAAUUUUAGAUAAACCCGUCAAUGUAUUGUUUUAUUGUUAUUUAACUGCUGUAAGAUUGUAAGUGUCUAAAAGUAUAAAAAAGCGUUGUGGCAUGUCGGGUUUAUAUGUAAUAUUUUUUUAUAAAAAAUAUAUAAUUUUAAGUUCCUUAAAGAAUUUAUGUACACAUGUAUAUAAAGGUUUAAAGUUUUAUAGGGUUAAUUUUAUUAACGUCGAUAGA